GCCCUCCUGCUUUCCUUCUUCUCCUUAUUCCUCCUCUCCCCCUCCCCUUGUGUCUUGCCUUUAAACUCCCACCCUUUUCAGCUCAUAAGCUUUGCUUUUUGUUCAUAUAGAGUGUCUCUUGCUUUCUGCCCGCCUACCCGCCGACCACUACGACCAUUACUUCUCCUCAGUCGACCGGGAAAAAUCAGCUAAAGCUGAACAACGGAACUGAAUCGCGGUUGGGCUUCUACCAAACAAAAGCCUCACUUUCCAAAGAGACGCGAGGCUAAUACUUUCUUCAACGAAAGAAAUUCGUGUCUACACAGAUACUUAGGAGAUAGACGUUCGUGCACCAUGAACUCACCAAGCGAGUCGUUUGACGAGGAGGGUGAAAUUUUCGAAACAGAAGUAGAGAAGGCACCUCCAUCGCUGCCUUCCGUUACUGGCCCCAGGGUUGACCGUCUUUCAAGUAGAAACAGAGACUCGAGAUCUCCUGGCAUCAGCAAUUACCGCGGCGGUAACGGUGACGCCUAUCCUCCUUUCCGCCAUGACCACUUCGACCCCAGAGACCACGGCCGCCGCCUUGGUAACGGGGAAAACAUGCGUGGCGAGAAAAGGAGACGGAGUCACGAACGGGGCCCCGAUCCCCGACAGCACAGGGUCCACUACGAAGCAAACGGCGACGUCAAUAUCGGGCGCCGCCCUAGGGUUUCGUAUGCCGAUAUCGACCGCUCCGAGCCCAGAGAUCCUCCCAGGCCGUUCGGCCAUGAUGACAGGUACUACCGUGAUACUAAGCGAUCUCGUACCCGCAGUCGUUCACCCCCACGGGGGCCUAGAGGAGAUGGCAAAGGUGGUAGGCGUGGAUAUUUUGACGAUAGCAGACGUGAUGGUGGUAACAGGUUCAUUGACAGAGAGAGGGAAUGGGACAGAGGUAGAAACGACAGCCGCAGGCACUCCCAGGAGCAAUCAGUGAGCGAACAAGGAAAUAUCCCAGUUCCGUCUGAAUUGUCAAAACGAGAUGCUGAAUGCCGCAACAAACAGUCAGAUCAGGGGAAUGGGGAUAAGCAAUCGCUUAGUCACCGUACUGCUCAGAAUGGGAAUAGCGGAAGGUCCGCUCAAACCUCCAAGAGCAUAGGGUUUUCUCCCAAAGCUGAAAUCUGGGGGGAUGAUAGAAACCCGCCCACUGAGAAAGCUCCGCUUAAACCGCCGCCGGAAGAAAUGGAAAUUGAGGAGCCGGUCGAUGAGGUUAAGCUUAUUGAAGAGCGGCGUAAGAAGAGGGAGGCAAUUAAGGCUAAGUAUAGGGGACAAGCUACACCACUUCUUGUAUCGGCGUUAGCGAUUGCUGGGUCAAACCCAAAUUCACCAGGAAUAUCAGAGGGGGAGGUUACUCCAGGUUGGUUUUGGCCCUCCAUCUUUUGACUUUUUGAUUGUUUAAUCUUUCGUAGCCGUAGCAUCCCCUGCGCUCCUUGAUUCUUCGCGUGAAGACUCCCCUACCGGUGCUUUCAACAUAUCCAAGAAUGGUGCAACUGUAAUCAAUGCAGGUUCCACAGCGAUGGCAAAUGCUGAAGACGAGGGACCCUCGGCAGCAGAUUACGACCCAACUGUUGACAUGCGGGAGGAUAACAAACGGUACGAGCAGCGUAUUCACGAUCACGAGGCACCCUCUAGUGCGUACGAUGUGACCAAGGUCAUUGCGAGAGAUGAACAGACAUCGGCAAGUUUACCAAAGCAAGAACCGCAGCAGGCGUCCACAAAGAAGGAGGAGGAGGAUGAUUUUGACAUGUUUGCCGAAGGUGACGACGAUGAUAUGUUUGCGGGGCCUACACCAAAAGCAGAGAAGGUGGAAAGUCAGACUAACACGACUCAUCCCAUUGUUUCUGACGCAAAGCAACUGGAUGCUAGUCUAUUAGAUAACUGGGACGAUGCCGAUGGGUAUUACCGCGUUAUACCUGCUGAGCUUCUCGACGGUCGCUACCGGGUGCAAACAAAUCUUGGUAGGGGUAUGUUCUCGGGUGUAGUACGAGCCCUGGAUUUGACGACUCAGAAGCUGGUGGCAAUUAAGAUCAUUAGAAACAAUGAGACGAUGUAUGUUUCUUAUACUCUUAUUCUCCUGUUUUCCUUUUGUUUGUUCCUUCCACGACGCUAACCGCAUUGCAGGAAAAAGGCUGGGUUGAGGGAAAUUGAUAUAUUAAAGAAAUUGAUGGAAGCAGAUCCAGAUGAUAAAAAGCAUUUGGUUAGGUUAGAGAGAUGCUUCGAGCACAAGGGCCAUCUCUGUAUCGUCUUUGAAAACUUGAGGUAUUUCCCACUGCACUCCGAUUCCUCUCUCUACUAACUGGGUUUAGCAUAAACCUGCGUGAAGUGCUCAAGAGAUAUGGACGAAGUGAGGGUAUUAGUCUAAUGGCAGUUCGUUCAUAUGCUCAGCAAUUGUUUCUCGGUUUGUCGCUCUUGCGGAAGUGUAAUAUAUUGCAUGCAGAUCUGAAGCCGGACAAUGUUUUGGUAGGGCCCACCGCGGGCUGUCCACGUUGUCGUCAUGCUAAUUUUGUUGGCGCUAGGCAAAUGAAAACUGUAAUAUGCUCAAGAUUUGCGAUCUGGGCUCUGCAUCCGACGCUUCUGAAAACGAGAUUACUCCUUAUCUCGUGAGCAGGUUCUACAGAGCACCUGAAAUCAGUAAGUAAUUGUCACCCCCAUUACACUUCCUCGAUGCUGAUACUUUCUACAGUUCUAGGUAUUCCCUAUGACUUUGCUAUCGACAUGUGGUCCAUUGGAUGCACUCUCUACGAGCUGUACACUGGGAAGAUUUUAUUCACUGGUCGCACCAAUAACCAGAUGCUGCGUUCGAUCAUGGAGUGCCGUGGAAAAUUCCCACAAAAGGUGCUUCGUAAGGGAAAAUUCACAGGUUUACACUUUGACGAUAUGCUUAAUUUCAGGAGUGUAGAGAAUGAUAAAAUCACCGGAAAAGUGGGUAGCAAUUCAUCUAGUAUUUCCCCCCAGGCUCUACUAAAAGUUGUCUUCGCACAGGAUAUCACUAAGACACUUGCCUUCAACAAACCUGUCAGGGAACUGAAAACAAGGCUCCUCGCCGCAGCGUCGCCUGGAAUGACGGAUGCAGAGAUGAAGGAAUUAAAUGGCUUCAUCGAUUUGUUAGACCGUUGCCUAAACCUUAAUCCUGAGCGACGCUGCACUCCCGUCGAAGCGCUCAAACACCCGUUCAUACACCGCACAAAGUAGGUUGGGUAGAUAGGUGAUGUCAUAAAUUCUAUGUUUCCAGCUCUUGCUAUGAUAAUGGGCCUUUUUUUCUCCUUUUUCUUUCCUUUAAAUUUUCUUCUCACAGUUACUAGAGACUCGUGACGUUGCCUUGCUAGAUCUUCGACGUAUUCUGUAUCAUUAAGUUCGAAUGGGGGCUGGGCUUUGUGGCCGCGCAUGCGAAGUUCGGGAUUCGGGGGAGUGGUGGAGUAUGGUCAUAGUGGUGAUUGAGGGCAUAAGGUGUUGGAACCAUAUCCCCGUUCCGAAGUUUUCGUGAAUACCCAAAGAAAUCAGGAAACAGCGUGGAGAUAAUGGAGGCUGCGAGUGACUGUUUGCCCAUGAGCAUGGAAAGAUAACAGCUCAUGGUUGCGUGUAAAACAUGCUCUUGAAUGGGAUAGAUAUUAUAGACCUAUGUUCAUCGUUUCUGCUGGUGGCCAACUUUCUCCAUGACACCUCUCGAUAAACACGGCUUGGUAGGGGUUUCGGUAACCGGAUUCAAGCAAUUGUGGCACCAUGGCGAGUGGCCCGGACACCCCCCGAGUGUAGGUUCAUGCACUCCCGGAGCAGCAAGAUUAUUAAAUACGGGGAGGUUCGGCGCUCCCAUCGCGAGCGCCAUAAAUCCAGAAGGGAAGGGAGAAAUGGAGCGGGUAAUGUUU